UGCGCUGCUCUCCCGCAUGCUGAAUACCUGCUGCUGGCUGGACUCUGAGCUGGACCGAGACGGUUGACACUCUCCCGGUUUCGGUCUUCAUGUUUCAGUUUCUGUCUUUACACUUCUACUGGUAUUUUCCGGCCUGACAGCCGGAGUUGGAGCGCUUCACAUUUGAUCUGGCUUUUACCUGAGAGCAACGCGGCAGCUGCGCACGAAAGGAAUGCAUUUUAACUCCGACACCUGCGUCCGAAAGUAAGCGACAAAAACAGACAAACAAAGCAGCAUGGACGCCGCUCUUUCGUGGAGCUGCAGGCCGACUGUCUGGGCCGCUUCACCGUAUGAAAACGCUCCUGUCGGGAAGGCUCCGUCCCAGGUGCCCGUGAAGAAGCAAGCCGUGAAGAGACACCACCAUAAACACAACCUGAAGCACAGGUACGAGUUCCUGGAGACCCUGGGGAAGGGGACCUACGGCAAGGUGAAGAAAGCCAAGGAAAGAUCCGGCAGACUGGUUGCUGUAAAGUCAAUCAGAAAGGAGAAGAUUAAGGAUGAGCAAGACCUUGUUCAUAUUCGGCGAGAAAUUGAGAUCAUGUCCUCGCUGUGUCAUCCCCACAUCAUCACCAUAUAUGAAGUAUUUGAAAACAAGGACAAAAUUGUGAUUGUGAUGGAGUAUGCCAGCCGGGGGGAUCUGUACGACUACAUCUGUGACAAGAGGAACAUCUCUGAGCGGGAGGCCAGGCACUUCUUCAGGCAAAUCGUGUCAGCUGUCCACUACUGCCAUCAGAAUGGAAUUGUACACCGGGACCUGAAACUGGAGAAUAUUUUACUCGAUGGCAACGGCAAUGUUAAGAUUGCAGACUUUGGACUGUCCAACCUGUACCAAAGUGAUGAGUAUCUUCAGACUUUCUGCGGCAGCCCCUUGUAUGCUUCCCCAGAGAUUGUCAAUGGUCGGCCAUACCGUGGACCAGAGGUGGACACUUGGUCGCUAGGGGUGCUGUUAUACACACUGGUUCAUGGCACCAUGCCAUUUGAUGGAAACAGCCACAAGAUACUGGUCCAGCAGAUUAGCACUGGAAACUACCGGAAACCCAACAACCCCUCUGAUGCAUGUGGACUCAUCCGAUGGAUGCUGAUGGUAAAUCCUGAGCGCAGAGCUACAAUAGAGGAGAUUGCCGGACACUGGUGGCUCAACUGGGGUUACCAGCACCCAAUACUGUGUGAGAGGAAGAGCAGCACAGCAGAGCAGACCCCUUCCCCAGUAUCUCCAUCAACAUCACAUCCUGCUGGGUUGGCCAGUGUUGCUAGUUGGCUGCGGCGCACAUCGAGGCCUUUGCUGGAGAACGGCUCCAAGAUGCGGUGCCUGCUCCGUUCACAGGGCGGUGGAGGGGAUGUAGUCCGGCAGCGCUCUCUGCGAAGGUCACGUAAGGAGAAUAAUGUCUCCCAGACAGUUCAUGAAGGAAGCACAGACACUCGACCCUCCAAGGGUAUCCUAAAGAGACGUAACAGCGUAAAACAGAAGGCGAUCACUGAAACCCCAGCUGCAGGUUCAGUAGAUCCGCAGAAUAUUUUGGGCUUGUCUGCACCAGCGAAUGCACCUUCAGAUGCAUUGUUGCCUCGCAAAGGUAUCCUUAAGAAGCCUGCAGAGCACGAGUCGGGGUACUACUCUUCUUCUCCUGAGAACAGUGACUCUGGCUGGGUGCCACCAACUAAAGAGUGCCCUUCAGCACCAACCUACAGGAAGGGCAUCCUCAAACGUAAUGGAAAGUUCUCCUCGGGUGGGUUACAGGAGUUUGGCUCUCUGGACCAGCUGGCAGCUUCUUUACCUCGCAGCAGCACCGGGUCCAGACCGAGCGGGGCCAUCAGUGAAGACAGCAUUCUGUCUUCAGAAUCCUUUGAUCAGCUGGAUCUGCCAGACCACGUGAGACCUCCAACACAAGUAGAUAAACCAGCCAAAGCUAGCAUGAGAGGCUGCGUCUCUGCUGACAACCUGCUGGACAUCCAAGAAGACAGGAUCCUGGCUGAUGGGCUGCUCAGGUCCUGGAACUGCUAUGAGUCUGGAGUGGCUGACAGUGCUUUCUCUAUCACAGACUGUGAUAACGUCACAGAGGCUUACAAACAAGCCAUGGUUAUAAGAGGCUCUGCAGCAAGCUGAAGAUGAGUAAUUUGGAGAGGACUCAGAAUAAAGAAUUGUUUUUCAUUCAGAAUUUGUAAAUGACUUUAAACUACUGAAGAAACGAGAGCCAAAGUGCAUUAUGUGAAAAUACCAGCACACUGUAGAGGUGAUCAUUUUGACUAUCUUCAGGAAUUACACAGUACCAAAAAGGGAGGAGACUUGCUGUUAACCAUCAGAUUGUAUUUUAGAUGAUGAUUGAUCCCAAAAUGAGGUAAUUAGAUUGGUUGUCAUUGUAAUUGGAGUAAAAGAGGCUAAAAAUCAUCAGAUGGCACCAAAAUGAAGAGUAGCUGAGUGGUAAUCAUUUCAAAGAAUCUCAGAAGAGAGAUGCUGGUGGUCAAUCUGUAGCUCUAAUAUUCGGUGUGAGAGCUUACUGUCAAAUGUGUAGUUUCUGAGAGAAUUGACAUCGAAACCAAAACACCAGUUCGAGUUUGGAUGUUACUUCAGUGACAGUCAGAUAGGAAACUUUUUUUUUCAGUCACAGUAGGACUGAUGUUUGAAUAUAGCUCAUUUUGUCAGGUUUAGAACCGAAGGAUACACAAUCCAUAAAGUCAGUCUGAGAAAGGUUUGUCUUUGUCAUUUUGAUUCUAGUUUUGUUAUCUGUCAACAAUAUGUACAUCUAGAAUAAUAACAGCAGUACACACAGGCUCAAUAUUAGGAUGGCUUUUCUCUUGUACCAUAUACUAGUUUUUACUGUUCUAGGAUGAGGGGAGCAUUUCAUGGAUACCAAAGAGCAAACCUUUUUGCUUAUCUUUAAAAGAACCUGCAAAAAGUGCCUGAUGAUGUUUGUAACAGGACCUUCAGCUCUCAAAGAGUGUUUUUUAUUGUUGUUUUCCUGAUAUGACUUGUUCUAUGUUUGGAUAAUGACUUGAAUAAUAAUAAUGACUCAGAACAAGUGUAACCAGCAGAACCUGCUUUUGCUCUAAAGCCUACACUGAUACAAGUGCACAGGUGGCCAGUGACUGCUUGACAGAAAAGGUUGGGCUCAUUAAAGGACCAGUGUGUAAGAUUUCAGGUUAUGCUUUAGCUGUGCAAGCACAGCUCUAGAUACUACAGAUGUGUAGUCGUCGAUCCAAACAUUUGAGGUUUCGCAGCAUCAAUGUGUUCCAGUGCAGUUGGAGACUCUUGUAGCGAAGUAGUUUUGCGCAGUCACAAUACUGAGGACACGCUUACGUUCACACAGAAGCACGCAUGCACCUUCUGAUGACAAAAUCAACAUCACUUGUGCUGUAGUGGACCAUCGUGUACUCAUGGUUGCAAAGAGCAUAACACAGUAGUCAUAACAUUUUAAUUAGCAUAUAACCACCUGUAACUAUGAAUUACUGUGUUUUCACUGACAUACAAUGAACCCUUCAUAUGUACAGAGAACGAGUUUGCCAUGUAGCGCUGCCAUCUUUCUACAGUAAAACUGACAAGCCAAGCACUGGCUCUGCAGAGGGCCUUUUUGCCAUUUUACAUUGAAGUGACAGCUGCUAUAGCUUCUCCAACAUGGAAAAGGAGGGUACUCAGUCGUUAAUAGAUGCCACUAAAUCAUACACACUGGUCCUUUAAGUCGUUUCAGAAUUUUUUUGGAAGCCAACAACAGCAUGUGCCCCGGCUAGCUACUGUAUGCUUUUGUAUAUUUACACUUCGUUUUUAAGAUCAAUCCUGGAGCACUGGGGGGUGAUGCAGUAUGUCACAAAGCCAGAUAAGGUCAGCCAACUCAACUGUAAAAAGCUACUAUUCUGUAUCUUCUUUAGACUCAAGCAAAACUUAUAUACUUGGGUUAGAGGUAAAAUCAUGACGCAUGUAUGCAGAUGAUGAUCAUUAAUUGAGUUUGGCAGGAUAUUUUAUACUACUGUCUAUAGCUAUCUGACUGGCUUGGUUAUCCCGCUUCAUGCGAUACACCCUGGUGACAUAUUGCAUAAAGCAGAGAAAGGUACACCAGGAUUUUCUUGCAGCACACUGGAGUUAUCUAACUUGAGGGGCAUGCUGGCUUUAGAUUAGAGCAUCAAGCCUGGAGUGGCACUUACAGGCCACUGAAACCUAAUAAUCAUACAGUUUAUCUAUCAGCUACCAUUCAAAUCAUUCAGGAUUUUAAAGGUAAAUUCUCGACAUGUUUGGAAUCUUAUGGAUUGUAUUAAGAACUGAGCUACUCUCACUGUUACUGAUUGUUAAUCGUUUAUUAUUGAAGCGUGACAGGGAAAACAUGAAGUCAGCUUUUGGGAAGAUCUGUUGAAUUUUUGUAUAAUUUAAUGAGUAUUUGGGCAUUUCAUCAUUGUUUUUUGCCUCUCUCUUUUCCUUAUCCCAGAAGUUGCAGUGUUCAGGUUCAGUUCAUGUUUUUUCUAUGACUGCAACAAUAAUCAUUUGCCAAAGUAACUGGCUUGUCAUGCAUUUGACUGAUCUGCCAUGUUGUUGUGACUGGGAUGAGGAAAUCAAUAAAAAAACACAUCAAAGAACAA